AUGGCCGCGAAGCCUGAUGAUAAGAGCACGGAUAUUCCGGAUCGCCUGUUUGACUCCAAUAAUCGAAAGACCUACAAGCGCCUGCGGUUUUUCGGCAAGGUAAGCUGCAAUGCCAUUUACGGCUGGGGUUUUGCAAAAUGCUACGAGAUCAUCGAUGUGGCGACCGACGAAACAUUCGCGGGAAAGAUCGUGUCCAAGAAGCUUAUGAUCAAGCACAAUCAGAAGGAGAAGACAGCCCAGGAGAUCACAAUUCACCGCAGCCUCAACCAUCCGAACGUUGUCAUGUUCCACAGCUACUUCGAGGAUGUGCAAAAUAUCUACAUUGUGCUGGAGCUGUGCAAGAAGCGAUCCAUGAUGGAGCUGCACAAACGCCGAAAGAGCAUCACCGAGUUCGAGUGCCGCUACACAUAUUGCCCAGCCAUCGAGGCAAGCGAGGAGAUUAGUUUAAUUAGUCAACGUGGC